AUGAAUUCAUUUUUAUCUGGUUUUUCUUCAUCGAAUACAAAUGUCUUUGAUAGUUGUCCAUCAUCAUCAAAUUUUACUCAAUUUGUACAUGAUGCUCAAUCAUUUCUUCUUCUUCUUUCACAUAUUGAAGAAAUUAGUUGGUCAUCAAUACGACUUUCUUCUUCAUCGGAUGGUUCAAUUCUUACACUUCAUCAUACAUAUAUUGAUUUAGGAGAUCGUUCACAUGAUUUAUAUAUUGAUAUACCACAACGAUGGCCAAAUGAACGACCACGUUGUCGUACUAAUCUUCCAGUUGAAUUUAAUAUUGAAAUAUGGUGUCCAAAAACCAGUCGUCUUAUUGAAAUAAUCACAAAUUUCCAUUCAGUUGUUAAUAGUUUACAAUCAUUUUGGACUCAAUUAAAUGAAUUAGAACGAGAUGCUAUUGUCUUAGAUGAAAAACCUAUUUCAUAUGCUUCAACAACAAGACGACUAAAAAUUAAUGAUAAUGUACAUGUACAAAUUCAGAUUGAUCCAUAUAAUCCUUGUGCAUUUCCAUCAAUCACUUUUCAUGGUCCACCAAUGCUUGUUCGAUCAUUUGAUGAACGUCUUGAACAAAAUCGUAAUCAUUGGAAUGAUGCACAUUCAAAUAUAAUAUUAAAUCUUGAACAUAUACUUGAUAUAACAUUUCCAAGCAAUAUUUUUUUAAAAUCAAAAUCUCAAACUAAAGAUGAUCAACAACAAGAAUGUGGAAUAUGUUAUGAAUCAACGAUUGAUAUGAAUGAAACAGUUAUUUAUUGCGAAACAACAAAUUGUUUUAAACAAUAUCAUGAAAAAUGUUGGAAAAUUUGGUUAAGAAAAAAAGUUCCACAAAGAGGUGGUUGUGAUGUUUUAGAUAUUGUUGUUGAUGAACGAAUGAACACAACAACAGCAAGUGGACCGUGUCUUUUUUGUAAAAAAAAUAUAAUUGUUAAUUAA